UACUGGAAGGCCGCUUAUUGACGAGGAGAGAAGGUGACUCCUCGACGAACAAGGCAGUACAGCGGUCAACAAAUUAGCCAAAAUAAGACUGGUUUUGCCAAAUUAGCAACCAUGUCUUCUUUUGGACGGGUGCUGGGAGUCCUCCGGACAGGAACUCAGCUCCUUAGACGCAGUACGCAGAAGAUAACGAACAGAAAGGCCAGCGGUGGACCGCACAUCGAGCCCCAGUACAGGCAGUACCCACAGCUAACCAAGAAGCAGAAGCUCGAGUCGGAGCUCCUGAGCGGUGCCAUGUGGUUCUGGAUCCUUUGGCACUGCUGGCACGACCCCGAUGCAAUCAUGGGUCACUUCCCUUGGCCGGAUGCGUCUGCGUGGACAGAUGAGGAGCUCGGAAUCCCAGCAGAUGACGAGGAAUAAGAUCACCAGAAGGGAUUCAAGCUGCUGGAUGCUUCUUUGUGGAAAUCGAUGUUCUGAAAGUCAGUGUUGUACAUAGACUAAUAAAGUUAUCUUUAAAUAUG